AUGAGCCCACCAGCAAAGAAGAGGCCCCAGAGUAGAGUGGUUUUCCAGACACAAGAUGAGAAACUGCAGAACAAGAUAAGACAGCCUAUCAACAAAAUAAUCAAGCGGAACCGACUUAAAAUGGUGUUGAGGAACUUGUCGCUCCUGAAGAUACUCAAGAGCUCAAACCACCGGAUCCUGGAGCUGCAUAACCUGGCCAAGAGGUGUUGGAAUUCACUGCUCAGCGUUCCAAAGAUCCUCCACAUGGCCUCCAGGGACAACAAAGUCAGCAACACAGAAAAACAAAAUACUGAGGAGCUGCAGGCAGCUAAGUGCCUUGACAAGAAUCUGGAGUCCAAGCAAUUCGAGUCCAGUGCGGAAUCUCAGGAGACGCAGCCCCCAGAGUGGGAGUCCGAGGUGGCAUCAGGGACGAAGAACACGGAAAAGGGGUCAUGUGCAGCAGUGACAUGGAAGGAAGGGCAGGCGGAGCCUGAGGCCCCAAGGACAUCCAGGGGCCACGGCACGAGCCCUGGUGCCUGGGGGACGCAACUACCCGCUGUGGGCCCCCAAGCCAACUUCGUCAAGACCUACCACAGAACUCCCUGGGAGGAGACGAGGCAGCUGGGUGCAGCCCACCAGGGCGACUGGUUUGAGGGGCUGCCCACACGGAUCCGCCUGCCAGGGCCCCGGGUCAUGUGCAGGGCCUCCACUCUGCGCUGGGUCAAGCGCUGCUGCACCCGCCUCUGCUCGGCAUCACUUGAGCACCCCAGGGGCCAUCCGCGCAAGGUGGGUGAGCCGCUGCCGGGCCAUCGGGAGGUGCAGGCCCUGAAGUCGUGGGGUGGUGUGAUCCAGCGUGGGCGCCAGAGCGAGGUGUGA